GUAUAUGAUUGGGUAUCACACAAAACCGUUUGUAUCUGGAAGAAGGAGCAGGAUAAGCUAAAAGCGAAGAGACUAACACAUAAUUCCGGUCCGAGGGCUCCAGUUGUACUUGACGCGGAGUCUCAAGCCAGCCCAACGGUUGAGGCUCCGCACUGCCAGUCAUACACUACAUUUACGGAAGCCACUACACCUACCAAAGCCAAGACUGUGGCUCGUACAAACUCUGAUACCACUCUAACGACUACGCCCGUGUCGCCUAAAGCACAGCGCUCGGUGAGCGAUAACUUGAAAUCGCACACAAGUGCUUCGGCAGCUCUUGAGGGGGCUAGGGAACCAACGGUGAUAGGAGGUGCCAUGUACGCGUCUAGCACACUAUCAAGCGAUCCCCAUGCGAGAAUUACUCUGACUAAACCUAGUGCUAUAACACCUCAGUGGCCGAAGACAACCCCGAUACCCCACUCAAGAGUAGAAACCAGCUCCUUUGUGCGUAAAGAUGUACACAAACUACAAGCAAACAUAAUCGAGGACGUGGUAUUGGAUGGAUCGGGAUCCGACACUACAUCCGUAGCAAACUUUUAUAAACAAUAUAACCAGCGCAUAAACCCUGAUGCUCCUGAUAAGAAGCCAGAGGGUAUCAACCUGUCGGCGAAAGGCCACCCUAGAAUCACCGCGAACCCGAACGCGGCUGCUGAUACCAACACGCAUACCCAGCAAUAUGUUGACCUAGAUUUGGUCACGGAAACGAGUGAACAUGUGCCGGUCAAAAGUGCGGGCUCUGACGGAAGUGUACGCACACCCUCACCCAUACGUACCAGCCGGCAAGGCAGACACAGGCGAAUUAUCAGCGACAGCGAUGACUACGGGGAUGCAACGAAACGAACACUACAGAACGAUGGAGGGGAAUCGAAACGCCACAAGCACAGCAAGAGCGGAAGCCCACGGGCGAGUGUAUUACCGGGUGUAGGGAUCACGACGGACAACGCAGCAACCACGGCACGGUCACGUACAAGUACACAGCCCAGUGUGCAGUCAGACCCUCUCCCGGCACCAGCGUCUUUUGUAAAGAAACAGGCGCCUGGGGAGACACCCAGGCCGCUUGUGAGCCGUGGGGAGUGUGUGGAUAUCACCCAGAAUGAUGACCAAGACCUAUCGACAGAGCGGGCAGCUGGUGUAACAGGGAUGUUGGUGAGUUCGCAACCCAGAGUACCAGCUACUAGAACGAGUGCCAGACCACUGACAACCACAGUCAAAGACGUGCUUAGCAGUACGAGCGGCUCUAAGAGUUUGGAGAGCGGCAUCUCUGCAGGUUCGUUAGAAGACACUGUAUCCGGUACUAAAGACAGCGCUGUAGCAACACGAGAUACAAGGGAAGAGACUAUGGAUGAGACAGGCCAUCACG